UCCAAUCAGCGAUCACUAUCGUCAUCACUCAAAUUCAAUUAUCAGUAUUAUUUGCAUUCGGCGAUCACUAUCGUCAUCACUCAAAUCAAAACCUCCCCUCCCUCCUCACCCCUAAUCUCGCCGGAAUGGACGUUCCCACGACGGACCCACCACAUGGAACCUUGCCUUCGGUUCAAAGAAGCUACUGGCGGAGGUGGAGCAAGCAAGACAUUUUUCCAGAAGAGUCAUUCCGGGACUGUUCUUCCUACAAAUAUGCUCUCUCGCAAACCUGUUCCCGGCUCAAGGACCGUCUUCUGGACCGCUCCUCCGACGAUAAUGAGCUCAUCGAACUUCCCAAGGCCAGCGGAAUCGGGAUGAAGAAAUGCCUUACUUGGUGGGAUUUGAUUUGGCUGGCUUUCGGUUCUGUGGUUGGUUCCGGGAUUUUCACGAUCACCGGUCUAGAAGCUCGCGACGAUGCUGGACCCUCAAUUGUGAUCUCUUACGUUGUUUCUGGCCUCUCUGCCUUGCUCUCUGUCUUCUGUUACUCUGAAUUUGCCAUCGAAGUUCCUGUCGCCGGAGGCUCCUUCUCUUUUCUUCGUAUCGAACUGGGGGAUUUUAUUGCCUUCAUCGCUGCGGGGAAUAUAUUCUUGGAGGCCAUUGUUGGUGCGGCUGGACUGGGUCGGUCUUGGUCUUCCUAUUUUGCGAGUAUGAUCAACUCUGAUAACCCCGAUUUUCUUCGGUUUAAGGUCAGUUUCUUGUCUGAAGGGUUUAAUCUUCUGGAUCCAAUUGCUGUUAUAGUGCUUCUUGUUGCUAAUGGGAUUGCUGUGAGUGGAACAAGGAGGACAUCUUUCUUGACAUGGAUAACUUCUGUGAUUAGUACUUUGCUUAUUAUCUUUGUGAUUGUGAUUGGAUUUGUGAAAGGGAAUUCUGCAAAUUUGGUACCCUUUUUCCCUUUUGGUGCGAGAGGAGUUUUCCGAGCUGCAGCUGUUGUUUACUGGUCUUAUACUGGAUUUGAUAUGGUGGCCACCAUGGCUGAGGAAACCAAGAAACCUUCAAGGGAUAUACCAGUAGGUUUGAUCGGGUCCAUGUCUGUAAUCUCUGUGAUCUAUUGUUUGAUGGCAUUGUCUUUAACAAUGCUACAGAAGUACACAGAGAUUGAUAGGAAUGCAGCCUUUUCUGUUGCUUUCGAUAAAAUUGGGAUGACAUGGGCUAAAUACUUAGUCAGCAUAGUUGCUAUCAAGGGCAUGACUACAAGCUUGUUGGUAGGAUCUAUGGGACAAGCUCGCUACACCACACAGAUUGCUAGAGCCCAUUUGAUUCCACCCCUCUUCGCCUUGGUUCACCCGAAAACUGGAACUCCGGUAUAUGCAACACUUUUGACAACCAUCACUAGUGCAAUUGUUGCAUUGUUCUCUAGUUUGGACGUCUUAUCAAGUGUUUUUUCAUUCAGCACACUUGCCAUUUUUAUGCUUAUGGCUGUUGCAUUGCUCGUAAGGCGAUACUACAAUAAGGACACAACACCAAGUAGUGAUUAUAUUAAGUUUUUGAUUUGCUUGUUUAGCAUUCUUGGUUCUUGUUUAGCAUUGACAACUGUUUGGAAUUUGGAUAGGCAAGGAUGGAUUGAAUAUGUUGUGCCUGCCUCAUUUUGGUUCCUUAGCACUCUGGCUAUGUCCUUCCUUCCCAAGUACCGAUCGCCAAAGGUUUGGGGUGUCCCCCUUGUUCCCUGGCUCCCAUCACUGUCUAUAGGGAUGAAUCUCAUUCUUAUUGGAUCUUUGGGUACUGAGGCAUUCUUAAGGUUCUUCAUUUGCAGUGCGGUAAUGCUUCUGUAUUAUCUGUUUAUAGGCCUUCAUGCUACAUAUGACGUAGCGCAUCAAGAUGGCUUGGGUUCCAAAAAUGAGGAGAUAAAAGAUGAUGACAGUAGGGUGGUAUGACAGAGUUUGCAUUAUUUUAAUUUGUAAAUACCUUUCUGGUUCUCGACUCUCGAGUACGAUGUCCAUUCUCAGCUUAUCUUCAACAGUUCAACUACAAAUGGACGAUAUUUUAUUGGCUAGCCAGAUGAUUCAGUUAGUAACAUAAGGAGAUUUCUUCAUAUCAAAAACAUUACUUCAGAUGAUAUUCCAAUAGUUUUGUUUAUGCAUAGCUAUUCAAUAUUCUAUUUUUUCAGUUGCUGGUUUGAAGUUGUUUUCUACAAAGUUUUUAAUUUUCUGUACUUAGUAAUCUCAACAAUUAAAAGCAUGUAUAAAACUACAAUAACUGUAGCUUUAUUUGUUUCCUCAUCACCAGUCUGUUCUUGUGAACUAUGUUAAGGUCUCACUUAAAGACUGGAGCUACCUCAACCAUUUUCGUUUUCAACUUGAAACUGUGCGCACAAGGACCAGGUAUGCUCUUUCUGUACUCAGUUUUUAUGACAUAUAGAAGGAGGAAUUGCCUUCUCAACUGUUGCCGUUGGUUGAUGAUGUUGGGCGGGAGAUCCUUCUUUAUGUUGUGGUUUGUUCAUCUCGGUUCAUCCAUAUAAAUGUCUUCAAGCACUUGAAGUUAGAUUUCGAAUUUCUUUCAUUUUACUGUACAGGCAUGGGUGACCUCUUCUUGAAUUUUAUAUCUUCCACGUAGCUCGACAACGAAAUAUAGUAGAGUUAGACAGCUGUUCUGGUGGUUGUGAAUAUGUUGACGAUUGGUUUUCACCAUUCCUUCCCACCUUUUGUUUGGUGGAUUUGAUAUGCCAUAACCUUCUCAGAUUAUCUAUUCUUUCGUCUCUUCUACUUUCGUAUUUUUCAACUUUUUACACCAUUUGUUUCAACUACCAUAAUUGAAAUUCUGUUCUUUCAUCCUAA